UUUCCGUGAGCACGAUCACCACCUCUUUUCCCUCCGCUGGUGGAAAUCAAGGAGGAGCCGACUCCGUAGGCGGCCUUAUGUUGUGCCGGCUCGCGCCGCGGCCUCUCUCCGCACAACUCCACAUCCACCGUCGCCGUGAUCCCGUAAGCUCUCUCUCGGCGUCGCUUCUCGAGAGGGAAUGGAUGCUUCCCUCCCCGGCCACUCCAAUCCACAAGAUAUCCCUCUCCAAGCCCCACCAAUCCCAGCUGUCCCAUGGGCUCACCCCAUCUCAGGUCUCCUACUCAAACGAACCCCGUCCAGCUCUAGGCGCUGAAGCCAUCGGCGCGAGAGAACAAACCCCAUCCUUCUUCAUGGUCCGCGACGACCUCUUGCAUCCAUUGGUGAAUGGCAACAAGGCCAGAAAGCUCGACGCCCUGCUGCCAAUUCUCCAACAGUACUCCGCCACCGACAUUGUCACAUGUGGAGGAUGCCAGAGUGCUCAUACAGCAGCUGUUGCUGUCUGCUGUGCGGAGAGGGGAAUCAGGUCCCACCUUCUCCUAAGGGGGGAACAGCCAGACGUACCAACAGGCUACAAUCUGAUAUCUUUGAUGUAUGGUCGCACGAGCUACAUAGCGCGACCGCUCUAUGCGCGGAGGAAAGAGCUGCUUCUUCAGCAUGCCAGUGAGGUAGCAGGAGGCAAGGGUUCUAUUGUGUGGGUUGAUGAUAUUCUUGGAAAGGACCGUUAUAAUUCAAACUUGGAGGGUGCAUGUGUUGGGCAUUUGGAUGGUUUUGGGAGUAGUAUAAAUCAGGGUGAGGUUGAAGAAGGUUCGAGAAGAGUUGUGAUUGUCAAUGAAGGUGCAGAUAGUGUGGCAGGAUUAUUAGGUGUCAUGCGGCUUGUGAGAUACCUUUCUCAAACACAUUUAUUUGGAGCAAAGCAGCAAAUUAGAAUUGUUGUAGAUGCUGGCACUGGAACAACAGCUGUUGGUUUAGCCUUGGGAGUCACAUUGUUAGGACUUCCAUGGAAAGUAACUGCGGUCAUGCUUGCUGAUCCCAUUGAAAGGUAUAAGGAACGGGAAAGAUGCCUAACAUCCAAUUUCAAAAGGUUUGUUCCUGUGAAAUUUUCUGAAACAUCAAUAGAUGGAGUUGGUGAUGGUACUCUGCAAUGGGUCGAACGUACUCACCCAAGAAAAUUUGGAAAGGUUUGGGAAGGGGAAAUUGAGGCAUGUCGACAAAUUGCACAACAAACUGGUAUACUUGUGGAUCCUGUCUAUACCUUGGCUGCCUGGGAGCAGGCUGUUCUUCAUUCACUUGAAGAAAUUGAGAAGGAUGUCAAAGUGGUGAUGCUCCAUACUGGUGGCACACUUGGCAUGUUUGGAUUGGCCCAAAGAUACAAACCUUACUUCAUUACUUCUGAACAACUUACUGUGCAUUCUUUACCUUAAGCAAUUAGAGAUCCAUUUGGCAAAUGUGUAAAAGCUUAUAGAAUGACACUAGUUGCAGGUAUAUCAUCUUGGUAAAAUGUGGAAAAAUUCUUCACACAACAAUGUCAUGUGAUUGUAAGUAAUUUGUUGGGGGAUGCAAUGUGUAAAACAUAAGUAAAAUACUGGCGGACCACAAGGAAAGAGGAUGUAUGCCACAUUUAGCUUGUGUACCAUUUUAUUCUGUUUAGUACAGUAUAAUUUAUUGCAAAGAAAGCAGCUUCAAUCAAGAAGCAGGAGUUAUUCUUGAUUGAAAUCUGACAUGGUUACGUUCUUUGGCAUAGUUUUAUGUGGUGAAGCUGAAAGUGUAGCACUUUUAAAGUGCUGAUGAACAACUAUUUUUUAUGGGCAUCAAAUAUACUGAUGGUCCAGGGAAAUCAGGUUAUGGUUUCAUAACCUGCUCAGUGAUGUUUAAUAAAUUCGCAGUAGAGACAAAUGAAGCUUUUGAUGUAUCAAUGUUGGUGUUUUACAAGUAAAGCUGGGACCAGAAGUGAUGACAGGUCCAUGGAGUCCUCUUUGAGAAGCCAUCAGGUAAUCCUGGCAUUACUGAUGCAACCCACAUGUUCUGGAGUAUAUUUUCAGCAAGAUUGUGUUGCUGAUCUUAUCACUAGCAUGCAGAUCUCCAUAAAACAGUCCAAGAGAAAGUAGAAUGUUCCAAGGUAUAGAGUAUAAUAAAAGCCCAAGAUUAUGCAGUUCUCAGGAAAAACAUCAGCCAAUUACCAGUACUGCAAGACCUUCCAGAAGCAACAGUAACAGGUCAGGAUGAGGCACAUUAUCAGUGAUAAUUGCUUGCAUAAAAUGUAAUAGGUCUGGGUGUACUGCAUGGAAUAUUUAAUGGAUCAUACUUGUUUACUGGAGCAUUUUGGUCCAAUUUCUGACUAGAAGAAAAUUUCUGUUUUAAAAUCGCAUGUCACGGCAUUGCAGAAAUCCCCUCUGAAUUUGCAGGGUCAAAACAUUACUUUCUC